AUGCGACCCUCGUCCCAAGUCUUCCUUCUAAGCCUUGUCGCUUUGGUAGGAGCGUCUCCCAUGUCUCAUAACAUCAACACCACCCUCUUCAAGAACGUUGCUUUUACCCUCUCCAAAGGAGAGGCGGCGUCAUGUGUUACUAGAGAGAUACAAAUUCCGAUAAGUUUUGAGGCCGAGAAAUGGCUUUUCGAAAAAACUACAGACUCCUUAACAGUCACCGACUUCGUUCUCAACGUCACCACGACCGACCCCAGCCGCAUUUUGGACUUCUCUGAGGGAACUGCCUUGAUCCAGAAGACUUACGGAAUUUGGGUCAAAUACUGCGUUCCCUCGUCUGGCCCGCCAAGCAGUGUCGACAGAGCUGUGCAGAUUCUCACUCAUGGUGGUACGCUUGAUCACACUUAUUGGGACUUCGCCCCUGGAUACAGCUACGUAGAUGUAGCUGCCCGGACUGGCAUGGUCACUCUAAGCUAUGACCGUCUUGGAACGGGCCUCUCCGAGCACCCUGAUCCUCUUCUUGAAGUGCAAACCCCUGCUUCCGUGGAGGUGCUGCAUCAGCUGGUUACCAUGCUUCGCUCUGGCUCGUUCGGUCCCCAAUUUAGCAAGGUGAUCGGGGUCGGCCAUUCAAUCGGGAGCAAGGCAACUGAAGCGGUGAUCUCAAAGUACCCUAGCGACUUUGACGCCAUCAUACACACUGGCUACGCAUACGAGAAUGCGGCUGGGGCUGGCAGUGUGGUUGCAACUGGACUUGGAUCGCCGAAGGAUGUUGACCAUCUGAAACAUCUGCCUGAUGGUUAUCUUGUGCCCAAGUCUACAGAGGGUAUUCACAUUUGUUUCUUCAAGUAUCCCGAUUUCGACCCCAAAAUUCUCUCACAAACGGUCAGGCACAUGCAGACUGAGUCAAUGGGCGAGAUGCUCAUCCCGCCCAGCAGUUCUUUCUGGGGCAACUUGACUGUCACGAACAGCUAUCGCUCACCGGUCUUGGUGAUCCUCGGAGAGCACGACUACGUCGUGUGUGGGCAGUCUUGCGUCACGCCGCAAAACCUGGCCGCCCAAACCCUGGACACCGCGUAUGCUAGCGCUGAUCGGAACCUGAGCGAGGCGUGGAUCUCUCCGGGUGCUGGAAAGUAA